AUCUUCGUUUUCAACAACAACGACAAAGAAAAACUUAUAAUUCAAAAUGGUAGCCAAAAUUGCUCUUUUUGCAUACGUUUGCGUGAUUGCUGUACAGACUAUAUCGGCUCAAUGUAUUGGUGCGUACAAUGGCCUUGGUCUGAAUGGUUGGGAAGCUGCUGGACCAUGGGGACCAGCUGCUUAUGCCGCUGGAGCUCCAUUUGCUGCACCUUGGGCCUCUGCUCCAAUCGUUGCCCCUGAAUGUGGAGCUUUUACUCCAUUUGUGCCAUCUAACGGUGGUGGCUUCACUAUUACCAGUGCUUCUCCGAUUGCUCCCACUGGUGUCACUGUGACAUCUGAAAACGCUUACGAAGGACCUCUAGCCGUGUCUGGUGUUCUGCCAUUCUUAGGAGCUGUAGCACUGGAAGGUGCUCUACCAACCCUCGGUGCUGGUACCAUCAACUACGGUUGCGGGAAUGGCAACGUUGGGAUGCUGAAUGAAGAUUUCGGUUAUAACGCUCUUGGACCUUUGGCUUACAACGGAUUUGCUGGACCAUUGGCUUAUGAGGCCGGUCUCGCUGGUCCAGGAUUCGGCUACAAUGGCAUCGGCUACGGCGGAUGUGGAGCUUAUUACUAAGUUAAUGUUAUUAGUUAAGUUGUUUUGAUUAUUGUAAG